AGACAUCAUGAAUGACAUCUGAAUUGACUACUUUGGUGUAGACACACUCCCCCGGAUAUUCACUUGAUCAGCAAAGAAGACUCCGGGAAGACUCGAAUACACAAGGCAGCUCGUCAAAAUUACUUCCAGCAGUCAUUCUAGGACGCAGAAAAGUCGAUCUAGAAAUACCAUGACCGAACGCAACAGUGAGGCCAAACCAAUUUCUGGUGGAAGCACAAAUUACCCACAGCUCUCUGAUCUUAUUUUUAACCAAACAAGCAACAACUCCUUCAACAAAGUGCUUGGAGAACUCAAAAGAAGCACACUAUCAAUACCCAACAGGCUUCGCUCGAUCAAACAAGAUGCAAACUUUGUUUCUGACGUUGCUGAAGCGUAUCAAUUGCCAUUGGUAGCGAACGAGAGGUGUGGAAGCUGGUAUAUCUCGCCGGAGCAGAAGAAACAGAGUGCAUAUUUCAAGAGCACAGAUGGGCACAUGGCACAGUGGAGCUUUAGCUUGAGGAGAUUGAACUUGCAAGUGUUGGAGACGAUAGCAGAGUUCGAUGGAUGCAUCGUCGUUGAUUCUACACGGCGAGGCAAAAGCAUGCCUGAUGCUUUGUCAAAGACUAUUCCCAUAUGGACGACCGUCAUGAAUUGUUUGCUAUUUCCAGACAUAACAGAGAGCCAUGAGGUCACUACACCACCAACAGUAGUAGGAGCAUCCGAGCACGCCCAGAUCACUGCACGAAUGUCAGGUUUCGUCGAAUCUCUCAAGACAUUGAAUCUCGACCUUUCGAGCAUCCGUGAAAAGCUCACCAAACCUCUACGUCCGAUCUGGGUCACGCCAACAUCGACUCUGCCUGCUUCACCUCCAGAAUUUGCUUCUUUUCAUCCGGUCGUACUUCUCACGGCUUCUUCUCGCGUGUCUGGCUCAGAGUCUACAUCCGAGACUGGAUACGUACAAGGCGCCGCAGACGACGCGGAAGCCUGGGCUCAAGGUCUGACAGCUCCUCUCUUCUGGAAACACAGCGAAACCCUUCUUUCCACACCUGAAGACAUGAUCGAACAAACAAUCGCCGCGCUAGUAGCCCAAGAUGAUGGAAUCAAAGGUUCUCAACUCACUGUCCUCGGACCAAGAAAGAACAUAGCAAUUGGUACGAUCGAAGCCGCAGAGACAGAUGCAGAAACAACCGAUAUCGUCAUCACCGUUGCGCCAAAGGAAAGCAGCAUCCUACGGUCGAAGUUCAGAGCAAGGUACCUACACCUCAUCCUUGCCGACGGAAAAGUAGGAAGCCGUCAGCUGCGCCACAGCCUCGCCAAUCUCAUCGCCUCGAUGAAGAUACUUAUCUCCACAGCUUCUCCCUCUCGCAUCGUAGUAGCAGAUGCGUCUGGAAAAGACCAAGGUGUUGGCGUGGCACUAGCAAUCCUAUGUCUCUUCAUCACAGAAGAAGGAUCACUGAGGCGGGCAGAGGAAGUCAAAGAGCCGCCGAAUGGAUUGAACAAGGAAAAAAUCAAGCAAAGACUUAGUUGGAUCUCUGUGGCCAAGCCGGAUGCUAAUCCUAGUCGGACGACUUUGCAGAGUGUUAAUGCCUUUUUGCUUGGGUAGAGGCUGUAAGUUAUGAUGGCGUGUAUAUCAUAGUAAAAAGAUCAAAUCACCAAAGGAAAACAUGAUUUUGUGCAGCCACUGGGUGCUUGACCUACC